AUGUCCGGCCGCAAUUUCGUCUCGAGACUCGGGCGACCGAGUCUACGCGUGAGCUCCGCGCGACUGUAUCCCUCGGCGCAGAUCGUCCAUGCGAGACUCUUCUCAACGGCCAAGAGGCUGUUCACCCAGCUACCGAACACACAUAUCUUCCGUGCGAUCAAAGACCAUGACCCGGCCAGUUUGGCGGUAGUGCAUAGCUUAUCUGGUCGGUCAUUCACCUACGGCAAUCUAACCGCCGAUGUCCUCCGCGCAAAGGAAGAUCUCCUGCGAAAGGCGGGUCAGACGAAGGGAAAGUUAUCUGGAGAGCGAAUUGCCUUUAUGGCGGAAAAUAGCUAUGAUUACGUGGUAAUGCUUCUGGCUAUCUUUGGAUGUGAUGCCAUUGCUCUGCCUUUAUCCCCGUCAUUUCCCACGGGUGAAUUGCAGUACAUUCUGGAUAACUCCGAAGCAAAGGUCCUCCUAGCUACGGAGAAAUACGCCAACAAGGCCCAGGAUAUUCUUCAGGCAGGCUUGCAGCAUGAUCCGCUGUUUGAUAUUCGACAGAAACUUGUUGUGGGAGGUUCUGGAAAUGAGUCUGUUUCACUGAAAGACUCAAAAAGCUCGCUUGAGCUGCCAGCAGGUGGCAUGAUGCUAUAUACGUCUGGUACAACGGCUCGUCCGGAGUAUUCAUUCCCGAACGAGCACUCACAGCACAAGCAACGUCCCUCUUGGAAGCAUGGAAAUAUUCUCCACAAGACCGACUCCUACAUCUCCUCCCCUUACACCACAUCCACGGCGUCGUCAACGCGAUCAUAA